AUGAGACCAAUCAAUUCUAACGUAGAUGCAGGAAAGUGCAGAGCGAGAAGUUUCUCUGUGCUACAUGGAGACUCAGUGGACACCCAAAAGGACAUUCAACCCGCAAAGCAGCAGCCAGUGAUAUAUAUCUGUAGAAAAUAUGUCACAGAAAAUAAAAUAAAAUCCAGGGGUCCAAUCAGAUGCAGAGAAUGUGGAUACAGAAUAAUGUACAAGAGAAGGACUAAAAGACUGGUGGGUUUUGAUGCUGGAUGA